AUGUCUCUUCGCCUCAGUUGUUCGUUCCAACGUCGUCGCCCCUCACGUCCAAAAGCAGAACCACCUGUCUGUGAUAUCCAGAAUUAUACCGAUCCCACUUUUGCCAGCACUAAAAAUAAUAAUAACACCAGUACCAGCACCAGCAGUAAUAAUAAUAAUAAUAACAGCAGCAAUAGUCGUACAUAUCACAAAACUCGCAAGGAUCAGGACCCUUUACCACCAAACAACCCUCCACAACCAAAUUCCCCGCGCUCUACGCCGAGUAAACCAAAGCAAGCCACCAGACCACCAAACAUAGAUACCUUACUUCAAGGAAUCGGACAAUACACAUUCCUUGGUCCUCUUGGAGAUGGAAAGUUUAGCAGAGUUAUUUUGGCUCAGCAUUACCUGACAGGCGAGAGAUUUGCAAUAAAGGUAAUCGAUAAACGAAUUCAUGAUUAUCGUAUAAUGUCUCGCUUGGUACGCGAGGUAGUAUUGAUGGAAUUGUUGGAUCAUCCCAACAUCGUACACCUUCACGAGACAAUCGAAACAGCAGAUUCUUUGUUUCUGGUGAUGGAGUAUGUACCAGGAAUGAACCUAGACGAACACCUGAUCGGAUCUGACGGGCUAUUGGGAGAGAACGAAGCCCGAGCCAUCUUUCGUCAGAUGGUUUCUGCAGUUGAUUAUUGCCACAGAAGAUGGGUUGUUCAUCGGGACCUAAAGGCACCCAAUGUAAUGUUGACACCUCAAGGUCAAGUACGGUUAGCAGACUUUGGACUUGGAAAUCGAUAUGGGCUUCAUCGAUUAAGAACAAUAUGUGGAUCAAUGCUUUAUUACAGUCCAGAAAUCAUCAGUGGCCAAAAAUAUGUGGGUCCCGAAGUAGACUGCUGGUGCCUUGGAAUCACUUUGUUUAGAAUGACAGCUGGCUUUGAGUUAUUCUCUCACGCUCGCACUGCUAGUGAGCUUAAAAAGAUUGUCUUGAGUCGUCAUUAUCCUAUGCCAGCUCAUCUCAGCGAUGCACUAAAGCAGACUAUCCAGAAAUGCCUUGCGUUUGAUCGGAAGAAACGUCGGGGAGUCCGACAUGCGCUUCGAAAUGAUCCAUGGAUGAACGAUCACGGAAAACUCAAAGACGUUUUCGAAGACAGCCCUGAUGUGACCAUGGCUGACCUGAUGCUGGUAACCGGGGAAAGGGAUGGUGAUGAUCGACGGGUGGGACAAGAUUUGGAUAGCGGCAACGGCAACGGCAGCGGCAGUGGCAGCGGCAACAGUAAUGGUCGUAAUGGUCAUGAUGGAAAUGGUAGCCAAAAGAUGCAAAAGGCCAAUCGAACUGUUGUAUACCAUCCCUUGCACCCUUCCAUAUACUUCACAUCCAAUUCAGCCCACUCUCCUGUCCUUCAGGACAACAUUCCUUACCAAGAACAAGUCUGUGGUCUUUUAUUCAAGGACCUCCAAAAGCGUCUCUCGCACAUCGAUCUCCGAUACUCACAGCCUCACCCCACAUCUCGUCUCUCGCGUCUUUUUCAUGUCGAGAGCACAACUGAUCGACUGUUGCGCCGAAGCACAUCUGCGCUCAACUUACCUCAGCUAAAUCCGUCUGUCAACAAAGACCACAUAUACCACUACUCGGUCAAGUCGUGUUCAACAGCACCACCUAUCACCGCCACUACUGCCACCCACGCGUUCGCAUUCGACGAAUCUCUGUAUGCUGCUGAACACGACGAACAUGCGGUUGCACUGUUGAUCGCAUCUGUGUGUCAAAUACUAGGUGUUACAUACCAUCACACCACUUCUUCUUCACUCGAUUGUGUGUUCUCUCUUCAUCCCUCAGUCCAAAAAACCAAAUCCAAUCCCCUCCUCCCACCAAAAUCCCCCGAGCUCAAGAGUAACCGACGGUGGCACGAUCGGCUCCUGUCCUGGCCACUCUCGAUCCAGUCCGGGUCUUUGUCGCCUUCUUUAUCUCCUUUUAAUCAUCAUCAUAAUAAUAAUAGUAAUCAUAGUAAUAAUAAUAAUAAUAACAAUAAUAGUUCUUCUGGGCAGCACAACCGCAACUCUCCACCUUUUGCCUCUUCUGAUCAAUCAAUGUUCGGCUUAUGGGAUGACAGUCUACAAAAGAGUCCUAGACAAGAACCGAUCUUCACCAACACAAGCCCUACCUUUGCCCCCUUGCGUAACGCACAGACCAUUGAUCAGUCAGCGCAAGAGUCCAUCUUGUUUACUGUGCGGGUGUUUGUUGACCCGAUACAAAAGAGUGGGAAUACAAUGCGCGGAAUGGGUGUCCAGUUUAUCAAGACAAAGGGUUCUUCUAAAGUAUUUAAGCUGGCUACAAACUGGAUUCAUGAUGUACUUGUUUCCAGCACCAUAAUGAAGUAACAUAGACUAUAUAUCUUAUAUAUAUAAUACACACACACACACACAAAAAACACUUUCUUAUACAAUCAAUGUGUGUACUUUUUUUUAUUAUUUAUUUAUUUAAUAUUUUUUGUUAUAAUCUCACUGUACAGAUAAACUUGAUUGUUUGGUUUGUUCACUU